AUUUGUCAUGACCUGUUUUUCGACAACUAAUAUCAAUUCAAGACAAAAGCUAAAUUCAGUCAGAUUCAGCUGAUCUCGUCGUGUGCUGUGACGUGAAGAACAACUGAUUGCAUUCCCUAGUACAUCGAAAUUUUACGAGAUGAAAUUGUUUGUGGUAUCUGUAAUGUUUCUUGGGGCUUUGUGCUUCACAGAAGCUUUAGUCAGAUGUGGAACAAAAGUCAUAGGGAACGAAAGAAUCGUUAAUGGAAACAUAGCUGAGAAAGGUUCUUGGCCAUGGCAGGUAGCAGUAGGACUACGUUUUGGGAGAAACCAAUUUUGUGGUGGCAGUAUCAUCGCACCUAAUUGGAUUGUUACUGCUUCGCAUUGUUUUCAACCAAAUCCACCAGCUAGACGAUACAUUGUUACUGCUGGUCAGCAUAACCUAAAUAGAAAAGAAGGUGACGAGCAAGUUAUGGAGGUCGAGAAGAUCAUUAGGCAUCCAAACUACAACGAACGCGAAAACCACAAAUAUGAUUAUGACAUAGCGCUGAUGAAACUAAAGAGGAGCAUUAGAUACACCGACAAGGUUCGACCAGUUUGUCUUCCAAGAAGAAAUUUCCCUGCUGGGACUAAUUGCUAUGUUACUGGUUGGGGAGAUCUUUUUGAGGGUCAAAAGAGAGGGUCCACGUAUCUUCGUCAGGCCAGGAUUCCAUUGGUUUCUGAAAACGAAUGUCGUAAGUACAACUGGCUUACUUCACGCAUGAUCUGUGCUGGCUUUAGGAACGGAGGUACCGACUCAUGCCAGGGUGAUAGUGGUGGUCCGCUGGUCUGUAAGAACCGAUCUGGUGUCUGGGAUCUCGCUGGAGUUGUGAGCUUUGGAGCAGGCUGCGCGCGCCCUCGUACAUAUGGAGUGUAUGCCGAUGUGGUGGACCUUAAAGAGUGGGUUGAAAGAACCAUGAGAAGUAACAUAGAUAUUAGGACUAAUGAAACUAUUUUUGAUUGCAUCCCAAGUAAAUCGAUAUUUUACGAGAUGAAGUUGUUUGGCGUAUCUCUGCUGCUUCUGGGGGCUUUGUGCUUCGCCGAAGGUGAACACAACCUCAGGAAAAAAGAACGUGACGAGCAAGUUAUGGAGGUCGAGAAGAUCAUUAGGCAUCCAAACUACAACGAACUCGAAAACCACAAAUAUGACAAUGACAUUGCGCUGAUGAAACUGAAGAGGAGCAUUAAAUACAACGCCAAAGUUCGACCCGUUUGCCUACCAAGUCGAAGUUUCCCUGCUGGGACUAAUUGCUAUGUUACUGGUUGGGGAAGAGUUCAAGAGAAGAAAGUGGGUGGGUCCUCGAUACUUCGUCAGGCUAGGGUUCCCUUGGUAUCUGAAAAAGAAUGUCGUAAGUACAACAGGCUUACUUCACGCAUGCUCUGUGCUGGCUUUAAGAAAGGAGGUACCGACGCAUGCAAGGGUGACAGUGGUGGUCCGCUGGUCUGUAAGAACCGAUCUGGUGUCUGGGAUCUCGUUGGAGUUGUGAGCUUCGGAAGGGGUUGCGCGCGCCCUCGUACAUAUGGAGUGUAUGCCAAUGUGUGGGAGCUUAAAGAAUGGAUCGAAAGAAACAUGAGAAAAAGUAGAUCGACAUUUUACGAGAUGAAAUUGUUUGCUGUAUCUCUGCUGCUUCUGGGGGCUUUGUGCUUCGCCGAAGAUGAAGUCAAGUGUGGAACAAAGGUCAUAGGAAAGCAAAGAAUUAUUGGUGGAAGCAUAGCUAAGAAGGGAUCUUGGCCAUGGCAGGUAGCCGUAGGAAAACGUAACGGGACAAACCAAUUUUGUGGUGGUAGCAUUAUCGUCCCUAAUUGGAUCGUCACUGCUGCUCAUUGUUUUCAACCAAAUCCCAAUUCUUCGCGUUACAUUGUCACAGCCGGUCAGCACAACAUCAGGAGAGAAGAAGGUGACAAGCAAGUUAUGGAGAUCGAGGAGAUCUUCCUGCAUCCAAACUACAGCAGACAAAAUGAUGACUAUGACAUUGCUCUGAUGAAGCUGAAACAAAAUGUGACAUACAAUGACAAGGUUCGGCCUGUUUGCCUACCAAGACGAAGUUUCCCUACUGGAACUAAUUGCUAUGUUACUGGCUGGGGAAUAAUUGACAAGCACAAAAAGGGAGGCCCCUCGAAACUUCGUCAGGCUAUGGUUCCCUUGGUUUCUAGAAAUGAAUGUCGUAAGGUCCACAGACCGCGGAUUACUACACGUAUGAUCUGUGCUGGCUUUAUAAAUGGAAGUGUCGACGCAUGUGCGGGUGAUAGUGGUGGUCCGCUGGUCUGUAAGAACCGAUCUGGUGUCUGGGAUCUCGCUGGAGUUGUGAGCUUUGGAAAAGAGUGCCCUGGUACAUAUGGAGUGUACGCCAAUGUGAAGGCCCUUAAAGGCUGGAUCGAGAGUACUAUGAGCAGUAACUAAUACACAAGCUCCAAAUAAAUGAUUGGACUGAA